GAAAUUAAAGCAAAAAUGGUGGAACAUGAAAAGAAAAUUCUAGAAAGGACGAAGGAGCUACAGGAACUGAGUAAAGCUGCAGAGACUAUCAAGCGCUCUGCAACUACAGCCGUGCAGAACAGUGAGAAGGUCUUCAAUGAACUCAUAGGCUCUAUUCAGCAAAGGCGUAUUGCAAUGACCAAUUUGAUAAGAGCUCAUGAGAAGGCUGACUUGGGUCGAGUAAAUGCCUUCUUCAAGCAAGUGAGUUAUGAGAUAACAGCUCUGAAGGAGAAAUAUGCAGAUUUGGAACAGCUCUUACAGACAACAGAUCUCACUACCUUUCUUGAGACGUCAAAGAAAACCUAUCAACCUCUUGGAUCUGAGAGCUUGUCCCGUGUUUCCAUUAAUACCAAUUCCAUGUACAUCAAAAUGAAGGAGUCGGUCCAAAAGUUGAGACAAUCCAUGGAGAGUAUGCUUCAGGUGGAGUUUGCUAAAAUGACAGUGCAGCCAGAUUCUGCAAUUGUGUCUCCAGAACCACUUAUCAGGCAGGACUUCUUGAAAUAUGCCAGUCCAAUAGCAUUGGAUGUCAACACCGCGUACCGGCAUCUCAAACUGUCUGAUGGAAACAAGCAGGUGGCCUGGACUGAUGAGUCUCAGAAUUAUCCUGACCUUCCUCAGAGGUUUACCUACUGUAAACUGGUGUUGGGUAAAGAUUGUCUGUCGCCACCGUCCUAUUGGGAGGUUGAGUGGACUGGAGAGAAAG